AACGAUGUUCAACUUAAGCUCUACACAUUGAUAAGAGAUAUGGUGAUAACGAUGGACAUAUGUGUCGUUUGGCAUUAUAUUUAGGCUGUACUUUUCAUAAUAUAACUCUUUGGUUAAAUAACGUCGUUAAAAUGUCGAAGAUUUGCGUUUGGGAAAUCGUAUUUUUUUUUACUUCUUAAUGAAAACUCGAGGGCUGCAAUUGAAUGUCCCCAACGAAUGACGUGAGCGACGGUGGCGCUGCUGCGGCCGUCCGCCCGAACUAACGACAGUAGUCAAGAAUCGGCCGUAGUGUACGUGAGGCCGAGCGGUGUGUUAUCGCGAUUUUUCACGAAAAUGGCCAACGACAUCAAUUCAGAACUCAAAAACAAACACUUUCCAAUAAACCAGUUAGUAUGUGUCGGAAACUAUCAGCUGGAAAAGACGAUCGGAACGGGAAAUUUUGCUGUGGUAAAACUGGCCACACAUGUAAUAACGAAGACCAAGGUUGCCAUAAAAAUAAUAGACAAAGCGCGAUUAGAUGAAGAUAAUUUGAAAAAGACAUUUCGUGAGAUUGCCAUCAUGAAGAGAAUGAGACACCCGCAUAUUGUUAAAUUAUAUCAGGUGAUGGAAAGCGCACACACAAUAUACCUAGUCACAGAAUACGCCUCUAACGGGGAAAUAUUUGACCAUUUGGUAUCAAAAGGCCGCAUGCCGGAGUCGGAAGCGGCGCGCAUCUUCGCCCAGAUGGUUGCUGCGGUUGGGUACUGCCACUCGCGCGGCGUCGUACACCGCGAUCUCAAAGCAGAGAAUCUACUGCUGGAUCGGGACAUGAAUAUAAAGUUGGCAGAUUUUGGGUUUAGCAACGAAUACAGUGCGGGUGCAACACUAGCCACGUGGUGCGGCAGUCCGCCCUACGCCGCGCCCGAACUCUUCGAGGGGCGACACUAUAACGGCCCUAAAGUGGACAUAUGGUCACUAGGCGUGGUGCUGUAUGUGAUGGUGUGCGGAGCCCUGCCCUUCGACGGCAGCACGCUCAGUGACCUGCGCAAUGUCGUUCUCAGCGGGAAGUUCCGGAUACCAUACUUCAUGUCUCAAGAAUGCGAGCACCUGAUCCGGCACAUGCUGGUGGUGGAUCCGGAGAAGCGGCUGUCGCUGCGCGGUGUGGCGCGACAUCGCUGGCUGGCCGCACAUCAGCCCGGCCCCGGACCUGGCAUGCCUGAUGCGUCAGAGGGUGCGUGCACGUGUCACUCCGGCGUGGAGGAGGAGCCGGCGGCGGAGGGCGCGCAUCAUCACAAAGUGUUGGCGCACAUGCAGGCGCUGCCGGGACUCACCGCAGACCUCGUGCUACAGUCAGUGCAGGAGGAACGUUUCGACCACAUAUCAGCUAUCUACAACUUGCUGCUGGACAAGCUGCGCCGGCGCACCACGCACAGGAACAGUAUGCAUAGAGACUCGCUGGAUUCUAACAGAAGUCAGCCGUUGGAUCUCACUAGCUGUAAGAACACAGAGGAUGAACAAAUGGAGGCAGAGGAGUGCAGCUCUCAGGAAUGCCUCGUGUCAAUACCCUGCGAGCCUGUCGACUACGUCAUGGACAGAGACGAUAACUUGGAGAAGUUUGGAGAGUGCGGCACUCCCGCGGCUGAGGAGCGGCCAGCCCCGCCCCCGCCAUCCACGCGGCGACACACCGUCGGCCCCGGGGACUGUCGGCAUGCACAGCCCAGCGAGUUGUCGGGAUGCGGUGCGGCGUCUGCGGACCUCCGCCCCGCCCCGCUCUGCGUGUCCGCACACUUCAAUCAACAAGCAUCACCUAACGUAUCCCUGCUGCCGAACACCAACCUGGCGGCCAAGCUGCCGGCGGUGCAGCACCAGCCGCCUCGAUACUUCAGCGUCAAGGACCAGCAUCUGCUCAAGCCGCCGCAUGCCAUGCAGACACAUGCGUCGUCGUUUGGUCGUCGUGCGUCAGACGGCGGAGCGCACGUGCCGCGCGGUGCUGAGCGCGCCUGCUGCCGCUCCGCACCAGCACAUCAUGUAUCAGACAGCGGCACACCAGCGCGGCAGGAGGACGUCGAGCGCACGGAGGACCAGCCCACUGACUCUCUCUACAACACCAACUUGUCUAGAUACAUGCAGAGUCGUGGCAGCAGCAAGCGACAUACAAUAGUGACGGCAGAGGACGCCGCUAACGUCGUCACCUCCACCUCCUGUAUAGGACCUAUGACGAGCACCUCUCCCUCUUCAACAGCCAACAUCAGAAUGAGACGGACAGGUCUCCUCACUGUCACGGAACGACCGCCCGUUAUAAGUCCAGAGCUGGUUAUGGAAGUUGAGCGGCGAAUGAACAGGAAUUAUUUACCACCUUCGAUACAAGGUGGUUACCAAUACCAAAACCAAUCAGGGUACCAAAGUCCACCAACUGGUACGAACCCGACACAAAGCGUACCGCAAACUCCCGCACAGGGUUCGAUUACAGCUGGUACACCGAACUAUUCGAACCAAACUCAGAGUAACCAGAAAAUGAUACCUUCCUUGGAAACGAUACCACAAGGCAGUAUGAUAGGGAGAAAGGGGUCAAUUGUGUCCGGUACGCCGGUUACCAAUCAAGCCGCUUCUCCCUACACUCCUCCAAAUGGACCAUUCUCCCCCAACCACGGCUCACUAGCACAAAACAAUCAAAAUACAAUAAUAACCGAAAACCCCAACACUACUCCGAAAUUCGAUACAUUUAACAAUGAUUAUAAUUUCAUGAAUAAUGUAAUAAGAUUUUUAAACAAUACAAAUGUGACAUCAAAUUUCUCAAAUAACUUCGGUUCGAUAACAAGUGGUACGCCAAUGGCGUACCAAAACCAGAAUGUGACAGGAUCGAUCACAAGCGGUACGCCAAUCGGAAAUUACCAGAGUCAAAGUAUGGGUUCUAUUAGUUGCGGUCAAACGCAAUCGAUUAGUGGGUCCGGUACGUCCGGGUCUGUGAGCGGGUCCGGUAUACCCAGCGGGUCUAUAACAGCCGGUACGCCGUGCCAAGUGCAGCCGACGCCGGGUGCCGCGUAUAAUCAAACGCAAUACAACAGACAACGCAAGUACUCCGGACCUCAAAGGGUCAAACUACAAAUGUUAGCUACCGUACAGGAAAUGGCGCGAGAGCACGCGGAACGUUACUCCCCCGUACGACGUGCUGAGAGCUCCCCCCCGCGCGCCGCACACGACCUCGCCUCCGCCCGCCUCGAGUACCAGCAGCUACAGCGCGGCCUGGAACGAAGAAGUGGUGCGGCCGCGGCCGGCGCCUCCCCUCCCCGCCCCGACAGCCGUCUGCACACACCCAACACAUCUGUGCCUGGUUCCCCGCGACACUGCGGCGCCCCGCCCCCGCUGGACCUGAGCGUGCUCAGCGUGGAGGCGGCGCGCGCCGUGCUGUGUGCUGCUCGCGCUCUGCCCGACACCGCCGCCGCAGACCUCCCGCGCACUCUACUCCUUACACAGGACCUGGCUCUGAAAAUGGGAAUCAACCUGCACAACCUAUGCUCGCCCCAUGUGAACAUAUCUCAGGAGAUAGUGCAGGCGCUGCACGCGCACGGACUGGCACUGCUGCCGGGCCACGUGUCCCCCGCCAGCCCCGGCUCACCGCUGCACCAGAUCACGGAGGGCCUCAGCUACCUGCACACCGGCUCCAUCACGCGCGGCACCCCCCAGCCGACCGCCACGCCCCUCGACCUGCGCAGCAACCUCGACGUGGACCCCGCCCAGUACCCCCAGCUGCACCCCAUGGUGCACCCCCAGAUACACAUGGUCACCCACCGCUCCCUCAACAACUCCCCCAUAUCCAACCCCGGCUCGCCCCUCGACAUGAUACAGGAGGAGAUCGGCAACGGGAGUCACAACGGCGACACCAAAAUUUUCACUCACGAAAUGAGAAACAUCCAGUUUCCGAGCUACGUGUCCAGUCAUCCGCAGAUCAGUUUGACCGACUGUCUGGGCUCGGAGAUCACCUUGGUCGCCUCCUCCUCGGAGGACAGCGUCGAUAGUUUGGAGAACGCCAAGUACCCUCUGCCGCAGUUCGUGAUAUCGGAGCCCUCCGACCUGGACCACCGACCCUCGAUCACCAAGGGGAUCGGGAGAAAGGUGAGCCAGGAGAACGAACCGUCGCAGAGGGAGGUGCCCAAAGAUCUGGAAUUGCACCUGGAUAAAGAUACGGAGAUGCAUUCCCCCAAGGAGAGCGUAGACGAGACCAAUCGGUUUCUCACGGAAGACUUGACGUAUUUGAGACGAGGCAGCGACAAGUCUCUGGGCUUCAGUGAUGACUCCCUAAGCAAUGACUCCGCGAACGCGUCUCCCAACUGCGAGCAGAACAUACAGUCAAUAUACUCGAAUAUCAUAUCAGUUAGUUCAGGAUUUAGUGAAAACCGGGGAAGUUUUUCGGAGCACAGGGAAUCAUUCUCCUUUUCGGAUAGGGGAAGUUUCUCUGAACGGGGAGACUUUGGCAGAUCUUCCUUCUCAGAACGGAGUGACUUUGGUAGAGGAAGCUUUUCAGAAAAGGGGGAAACUCCUCGAUCAUCUUUCUCCGCUCAAGGAGUACUCGGGGAGGUGAAAGAGUACAAUGAGGAUGUGUGCAUGCCGCGUGAUAGUAGUAGAUACUUUGAUAAAUGCGAAGACCAACCUCGGCAGGAGGAGAUCGAGAAGCUGCAGAGGUCUACUAUGGAUCUACGUUUGACGGAGAUCUGCAGACCAGAGGAGCAGAGAAUACCAAUAUUAUUGAGUCCUCAAGAGAUUUCCUGCUUUCAAGAGUACAUAGAAGUCGCACUAUCUACAGUUUGUUCUCAACUUGACUCACAUCGGAUAGUAGAAUUACUAAAGGAGACAAUAAAUACGAGAGUUCCACCUCAGAACAUCUUCAUUGAAACUGGAGAUCAGAAAGAGAAGCAUAAUGAUACAGAAGCAUUAACCGGUUUCCUAAAUCUGGAAUAUUCCGGUGGAAUCCAGAUUGAACUGAUUAUAUGCGAGAAUAAAGCAAAAGAAAAGAAAGGAUUAAAAAUGAGACGGAUUUCUGGUGAUCAGAGAGAGUAUGGGAAACUUUGCCAGCAAUUAAUCACCAGUUUGACUGUUUAAUUGUCAACUAUGAGUUUCCACUGCCGAAAUACUUGUAUAGAAACAUAUUAUCGUCUCUUUUCUUCAUAUUGAAUAAGACAGAGAUGUUUACAUACAAGUAUUGUGGAAUUUCUCAGUUUAAAUAUCAUUAAGAUCCAAUUGUUAUAAAUGUUGGAAUCUAAGUCCAAAAUGUACAAGCAAUUUUAAUACUUAAGUGAAAGGAUAAAGAAUCUAUAUUCGUAUAGAUAAAUUUUUAAUAUCAUUUUUAUUCCAAUAUGUCGUUGAAAUUUGUGAUAAUUAUUGUUUGAUUUGCAUUUAUGCGAUUUGUUAUUUUGUAUGCGUUGUAAGCGAUGACGUCAUACUGUGGCUUGAGCGGGAAAAUAUCUAUUUUACACAUAUUUAAAAAAAGAACGAAAGAAUAAAAAACCUCGUAAUUAAAAAGAAAAAAAAACA